AUGGCCCCUGAUUCCAGCCAAGACGACCCGGCUCUCCCCGAAAAGCUUGGGCAAGAUCACGCCCCGCAAUCCGUAACUUCUUUUGACCAAGAUGAUAUAGAUUUGCAGAAAUUGGGUUACAAGUCGGUGCUUACCCGUGGCUGGGGAUCCUUUGACAACUUUGCCUGCUCCUUCUCUGCCCUAUAUUGUAUUGGUGGCAUUAGGGUCUCGUUCUAUAUCGCGCUGAGCGCAGGUGGGCCUGCUGCAAUGUGGAGCUCUUGGGUUUCCGGAAGUAUCUUGUCAAUCAUUACCGCUGCCACGCUCGCAGAGGCUUGCUCCGCAUACCCAGCUGCCGGGUCCAUCUAUUACUGGGCCUUCCGGUCGUGGGGGGCCGGAAAGCUGGGACGCUUCGUCUCUUUCAUGGUAGCCGCUUGGACGUUGGUGGCUUGGACAGCGUUCUUGGCUGUCGACUCUUUCGGUGUUGCCAAUUAUCUUGUCUCUGAAGUCGUUGUUUUCAACCCGGACACGACCUUCCCGUAUGACACUUCAGAUGUGAAAGCCCGAGCCGUAGCAUGGGCAUUCUCGUUGCUAUUCCUCGGCGUCGCAACUUCGAUGAACUUCCUACCACCGCGCUCCUAUGCCUGGGUCUUCCGCGCUGGCGUCAUUGUCAUCGCGAUUGAUAUUCUCCUCAACUUUAUUUGGCUGCCUAUCGGAGUCCACAACACUUACGGCUUCCAGUCUGCUGAUUUUGUUUUUACAUCGACCUACAACGGAGAGAACACCAGUCCCGGGCUCAAUUGGGUCCUAUCUUGGUACCUUGUGGCCAGUUGUCUCGUGGGUGAGGACGCUUCCGGUCAUGUCGCUGAAGAGACUUUGUCCGCAAAGAAAGCUGCUGCAAAGGGUGUUUUCUGGGCUACCGUUGUUUCAGCAAUCUGUGGUUUCCCAAUUAUCCUAGUCUUCCUCUUCUGUAUGCCGCCCAUCGACACAUUUUACAACACCAGCGCGCCCCAGCCAUUUAUCAACAUGUAUGCUCUAGCCUUGGGUCCACAUGCGCAUGUCGUCGCCACAAUCGUCUCGAUGAUAGGAGCCAUUUUGAAUACUUCGGUCUCUAUGGUUGCAGUGUCGAGACUGGUCUUCGCAAUUGCAAGAGAUGCUGUCUUCCCAUUCAGCGACGUGCUCUGCCGAGUCUCAAAAAGCAAGCAGCCUCAUAACGCUGUAAUUUUCAUUGCUACCAUUGCAGCUCUCCUUCUCUGCACACAGCUGCCUUCUCAGGUCGCAUUUUCCAGCUUGACAUCGACGUCGGCUGCAGGCUCCAUUGCCGCGUAUGGACUUCUAGGUUUUGGGCGCGCCUUCAUCACCCGGAAGACCUUCAAGCCGAGCUUCUUUGAUCUCGGACGAUUCGGAGUCAUCAUGGCUGUUGUUACCUUUGUCUGGAACGGCUUUGCAUUUGCCGUUCUCUGCUCUCCACAAUAUAGCGACAGCGCUAUCGACCAGGAUGCGGGCCUGCUGAACUACGCAAUCGUUAUCAUGGCUGGUGUUACCAUUAUUGCUCUCGGAGAGUGGUGGAGAAAGUCUAGGGGUGAUUGGUUCCACAACCUGAGAGAUCUCGACGCCUCCUCACAAGAGAUUGGGGAGGCAGUUCUUCAUACGGAGAAAACUGGUCUACCCGUUACAUCUUCAGCGGCGUAGUCCAUAGACUCCCAUGAGUUUGCCGAUUUUGACGCUCGUUCGAUUGGAUAAGAGGGUGGGUGGUCUAUACGGAGAUAUAGACCUGUGGGUACUCGAGAAGGACUGGAUUCGUGUUGGAUAUUUGGAGGAAGGAGAGAUGGAGAUCGUAAGUCAUAGGUAUGGAGCAUGACGGGUGUUCGAGGAUUGCUUCGGCAUGACUCGUUCUGAGAAAUCACCGUUGAACUUGAUCUGGAUAAUACCAGCGAAAGGACAUGCUUCUACCUCCUCUCUUUGUCUAUUUCUGUGCCGAAGUGUUGAUCUACUAACCGAUGCUACUAACGAACGAUUCCCUUUCCAGUAGCCAGGCUUCUUGUUGGAAGCUCGAUCCCUAAUCCCAAUGCAGCACUGGUGGAAAAUAUCAGCAUCCCGGCAACAAUCACGGCGACGAGAUCGCGUUGUGAGCGCAUCGCUCCCAGGCCCAUGCGGAUCAUACCUCCC